AUGCAGACGGUUUCAUCGAGCGCGGAUGACGGUGGAGAGAUCGCCCGGAUUUUCCUAGCAUUUCUCAACACGUUCAGCUCAGGCGAACUUGACACGGACAACGCGAGAUAUGGAAAGUUGCCUUUUCGCGAUUACGUCGAGCAGCUGAGCGAAAUGUGCGAUCGCAACGGGACAACCUUAUAUGUCGAUUUCAAACAUCUUGUCAAGUUCGACAGCAACCUUGCACACGAUGCAAUACAACCUACCUUUUUCAAAUAUGAAAAAUAUCUUCGCCGAGCAGUUCGGGAAUUCGUUCUUGAGCACCGACCAGAGUCAGCACGGUGGGAUCGUCAGCGCGAAAAGGACUUCUGGAUUUCAUUUGUGAAUUUGCCAAGUAUACUCCGUCUUCGUGAGCUCAAAGCUGAGGCCAUAGGCCAACUGGUCGCCUUCAGUGGAACUGUGACGCGCACGUCGGAUGUUAGACCUGAGUUAUUUUUGGGCAGUUUUAGGUGCGUGGACUGUGGGAUUGAUUGUCCAAAUAUCCAGCAAGAUUGCCGGUUCACCACACCUUCAAACUGUGCGAAUACAUCUUGCACUAAUCGGGACAAGUGGACCCUUAAACGUGAGGAUUGUACAUUUGUAGACUGGCAGAGAGUCAGGGUGCAGGAAAGCGGCGAAGAAGUUCCUGCUGGGUCGUUGCCUCGCUCCAUGGAGGUAAUUCUUCGCCAUGAAGCUGUGGAGGAGGCGCGUGCUGGGGACAAGAUGAUUUUCACUGGAACUUUGCUCGCUGUCCUCCAAGGUGCCCCUGCAAAUAUGGCGGGCGAUCGCACAGAAAUGGGGAACGGGAAAGCCGCACAUGGAGAAGGUAAAAGCAGCUUACGAAACCUGGGUACCAGAGAACUCUUUUACAAAACAGUCUUCAUCGCAAACUCUGUGAUAAACACAACUGGUCCCUCCGCUACACGUGGUGGACAUGCCCAUGAAAGUGCGGAUCCUUUCACGCAUGGGAUCGGCAUGUGUGGAGAUGAAACUAGCAGCAAAGAUGUUUUGCAGAGCUUUUCGCGCGAAGAGCGUAGGAACCUCACUUUGAUGGCCGAUGAUCCCGCAAUCUAUGAUAAAUUUGUACGUUCGAUUGUUCCAACUGUGCAUGGGCAUAUGGAUAUCAAGCGCGCCAUAGCACUCAUGCUUUUUGGAGGUGUUCACAAAGAAACAAAUGAAGGAAUAAACCUUCGUGGUGAUAUCAAUGUCCUUAUCGUUGGCGAUCCCUCAUGUGCAAAGUCCCAGUUUCUUAAGUAUAUAUCUUCUUUCUUGCCCAGAGCUGUUUACACUUCAGGGAAAUCGUCAUCCGCAGCAGGCUUGACGGCAACUGUUGCGAAAGAUAUUGAAACUGGUGAAUACUGCAUAGAGGCCGGUGCGCUCAUGCUAGCAGACAACGGCGUGUGUUGCAUAGAUGAAUUUGACAAAAUGGACGCGAAGGACCAAGCUGCUAUCCAUGAAGCAAUGGAGCAGCAAACCAUUUCAUUAGCUAAAGCAGGUAUAAAUGCAACACUGAACGCGCGCACCUCGAUUCUUGCCGCCGCAAAUCCCAAUGGCGGGCGCUAUGAUCGCAGUAAGAAGCUGAAGCAUAAUUUGAGUCUCCCACCGGCGAUUCUAUCGCGAUUUGACCUUAUCCAUGUGAUGAUUGAUGAGCCUGACGAAUUUCGGGAUUACGAUCUCGCACGUCACAUUGUCAGUUUGCACCAGCGACAAGAUGAAGCCAUGGAUGUGGAUUACACGCUACAGCAGCUUCGCAGGUACAUUCGUUUUGCUCGAUCUGUGCGUCCCAAGCUUACUCCUGAAGCGCGGCAAGAAAUAGUUCACGCCUACAUGAAACUCAGACAAGGAGACGCGCAGCCUGGCUCACAGACUGCCUAUCGGAUUACGGUCCGGCAGCUCGAGGCUCUUAUUCGUUUAUCUGAAGCUCUCGCGCGUCUGCACUGUAGAUCAGAUGUGCAGCCUUCGCACGUGAAAGAGGCACGUCGUCUAUUGUCAGAAUCUAUCGUCGCUGUUGAGGCCGGAGAACUGACACUCGAAGACGUCGCCCCUUUGUCAAACAUAAAAAGAAGCAAUCCAAAAGUCCAGGAUGAAAAUUUGUCAGCUGUCUCCCUCGAAGCGGUUAAGAUUGUCCAUGAUCAUUUUAGUAGAGUUGAUGGAAAGCACGCCUGUUUAGAAGGGGGCAUAACCUUGCCCGAACCCACAGAACGCAAUGGUCAUCACACAUCCUCACCGAUGGAGACAAACUCUCCAAUUUCGGAAGUGCGAAGCCUCAUGAAAGUACCCAUGACGAUACCGUUCAACAGAUAUCAACAGGUCCGCAACAUGCUCGUGAAACAUAUUAGACAACAUGAAGUUCGGUCGAAAGACGUAGACCAUGCUGAACACACCACUCAGCAUGGCUGUUUUGCUCCUGGAAUGAAACAGGCUGACUUAAUUAGAUGGUACAUCGAUCAAGUUGCAGUAUUCGAGGGGAUCACGGAUUCUGGUAAGCUGCUUGAUGAGCUCAGGGUGGUACGUUGCAUAAUUUCCCGCCUCGUAACACAAGAGGGGACACUAGUGAUAGUCCAGGAUCAAAGUGGUGUCGAGGGAGGCGAUGAGGGAAACGGUAACCCGAGUCUCGGUUCAGUCGUCCCUCAAGACGAAAGGAUUGCCCAAGGAGUUGAUGGCCGAAUUCUUGCUGUGAAUCCUAAUUAUUCAUUCGAAGACUAGCUACGUGAUAAAAUGAUGCCCACGCAGCAUAAGGAAACUAAGCAACGUUCGAACCUUACUUUAAGAGAGGUGGACCACUUGAUUCAAACAAGCCGAAUUGAAUGAACACGAGCCAUGGUCUCAUACACCAAUCCACCUGGAUCAAGUUUUCAUUAAGUCGCUGACACAAUUUUGCGUUACACACCCUUGCAUGGGCAGAUUUGAAUAUGGUAGAACACCGAAGACUUCUCAACAUCAAGACUGAUGCUGCAGAACGUGUUGCUCAUGUCCCCCGAGCAGCCGCAUAAAAGCGUUAUACGAGUUCUCAGUAUCGUAUAGUAGUUGUCUAAUCUCAUCUUCCCCAAGCUCAUCACUUGCGCGCAUUUUAUCCAGCUGGACAGUCCAGCGUCUGACAAAUGUUGUCCCUGAGAAAUCUGUCGGGAGUUGCCGAACUUUGUAAAGACUGGUGAGAAGAUCUGAGAGAUAUGGGGCAACUUGAUCCUUAGCUGCCAGUUUCAAGAGCCGAACAAAAAUCACAACGCAAUUAAUCCGAGGCGACCAUAAAGAUUUAGGCAGUGUUCCAGGGGAGGCGGGAAAAAGUCAUUGUCGGGAGCUUUGCCCCAAAGGAAUGGUCCAAAAACACAAAAUGUUAAGCUGUUGAUCAAUACAUAGACUAGAAAAGCAUACAACUUGUCUCACAUGUUUAACUUUAGAGUGUCUAUGAGACCAAUGUAGUUGUGGACGCAUUCGGCAACACUCACUGCCGAAGGCGGUUCGCCUAAAUGGACAACCCUGUGCUCAACAGUAGCCGGCAUCCCUAUCUGCAAGCGGUGUCUUGCUGUCGCGAACUGGAUCGAGUAAGUCGUCGAAAAGAAAGGUCAACACAGAAACCCUCCGUUAUUUGUACAAAGCCGCAUGAAUUACCACAUCACGAGCGGACAUGGAGAUCCGCCACGAUAAAAUGCGUGAGCUGAUACAGAAAACGGAAGCGCACCCUAUAAAAAGGGUCACGCCACAAAGUAGAUCAUCGUGAGCGUUGCAGCAAAUGGCAGGAGGGGAAUCUUCAACUUGCAUAAAACGGUGCACAUCUGGCACAGUGUCCACGAGAGCAUUGCGCAAAGUUUUGUACUUAGUGAUCAGCUCAGAGCACGCGGCUUCAUAUGCGCCAGCAUGAGCGGCACUAUUUACAUAUGCCGUCUCAAGCCUCUCCACUGAUCUAAUUAGUGAAUACAAGUUCGCUAGUCGUUCUGUCCGGGAAACGAACGGAUCCUCAUCAACGAGAAGUAAAACGUCCAUGCG